AUACACACACAAACACACACACUGACAAAGCCCGCAAACAUGUUGGUAGUCUCGUAUACACUCACUCUCUCAGUCUUACCUCCAUCUGAUUGAGUACCUUUUCAUUCUUGGGCACUCAGCAGCAGUCUCUGUCCAUCUCUCUCUCUCUCUCUCUCUCUCUCUCACACACACACACACACACACACACUUACACACCCUCUGGAAGGAACCCUGCAGUUGCGGCUGCAGCACUCUGGAUAUGCCGGAUCAUCUGCUCUGAGGUGGGAGAUGGGCUUGAGAGCUUGUGUAUCACUAGGACGAAGUGUUUCCAUGAGGAUACGGAUACAAAGACUCUAGCAACUGUCACAGACGGAGCUGGAUAAGCCGGAAACGCAAGGAGGAAAGGGACAGUCUUGCCCCCAAGAGGAACGCUACCAGCAGUGGAAAGGACAAGAAACGGACAGACUCCGGCAGACGUUCAGCCAUGCAUGGCUCCACCCUUAUAUUCAUCCUCAUUGGGGUGCUCCUUUACUUGAUGAUGGGGGCUUUGGUGUUCAAUGCCCUGGAGGCUCCAAAUGAGGAAAGCCAACAUGACAAGCUGCAAAUAACCCGUCAGGAGUUCUUGGGCAACUACACAUGUGUAGACCCAAAGCAUCUAACGGAUCUGAUAGAUGUGCUGACCGAAGCUGUCAGGGUUGGAGUUGACCCCAAAAGUAAUACCACAUUCAGCACCAGUUGGGACCUGGCCAGCGCUUUCUUCUUCUGUGGCACCAUUGUCACCACCAUUGGUUAUGGGAACAUUUCUCCAAAGACUAAGUGGGGACAGCUCUUCUGUAUCUGCUAUACGCUGUUUGGCAUUCCUUUGUUUGGAUUUCUAUUGGCUGCCGCAGGAGACCAUCUGGGGACAUCGCUGAGGAAGGCCAUUGCUAAAGUUGAAGCUCUUUUAUGGAAGUGGAAGGUGAGCCCGACCAUUGUACGUGUCAUCACCGCUGUGCUGUCCAUCCUGCUGGGCUGUGUUCUCUUCAUCUUUGUGCCAAUUUUAGUCUUCCAGAGAGUUGAAAAUUGGAAUUGGCUAGAAUCCGCCUACUUUGUAGUCAUCACCCUCACUACAGUGGGCUUUGGAGACUAUGUUGCAGGUGAUGCAAUUCAAGAACAUUGGUACAAGCCUCUGGUGUGGUUCUGGGUUUUGUUUGGAUUGGCCUACUUUGUGUCCAUUCUUUCCAUGAUUGGGAAUUGGAUCCUUGUUCUUACCAAAAAAACCCGAGCUGAGAUGGAGGGGUUAAGAGCACAUGCCUCAGACUGGACUCAGAACAUCCAGAACAUGUCUGUGGAUUUCAACAUGUCUGGAAAAUUUGAAGAUCCUUUCAAGCGCACCAGGCGAAAGCGGCGUCACAGGCGCCACAGACACGAUGGCAGUCAGGAUAGAGCCGGAGAGGAUGGCAAAGAGGAGAAUGAAUCCAAAUCCGGCUCCAGCUCCUAUUCUGGCUCAUCGGAUGAGUCGGAAAGCAGCUCUGAGUCCCAAUCAGAGUUAACCCAAACAGACCGGGUCCCGGAGGGAGGGGCUAGUGACAAGGGCAAAGAUUCAUUGAAAGAAGAAAAACUCAGAGCCAAGCCCAAAGAUCCCAUCCUCUCUCAACCCUUGGAUUACCUUGGGGAAAAUCUUGCGUACAUCGAUGAGUCUUCAGAUGCUGUGAGUGGCAAGGUUCACCUGGAACCCCUGCUGGAUUUACCAGAAUCGAACCCAGCUUCCACAGACAGGCGCAAAAGGAGACGUCAAAGGAGACAUUUGAGAAGGGAUCAACAGAAACUCAAGACUCCUAAAACCAGUCCAAACGAACCAGAGAAUAAAAAGCCAAAUGGAGACAUUAGACCGAAAGAUCCACCUACGCCAAAGCUGUGAGCGUCAAGGUGUUCAUGGGGUUUGUAGCUCCUCAGAAAAGCCUCUCUGGAAUAAAGUUUUGCAAUGUUGCUUGCUUUAGGAAAUGCUGCGCUCUACUGAAAGCACCUGGCAUCAUUCUCAGAUUUUAUUGGAACUAAAUAAGAAACUAUCCAUGUGCAUAAAAUGAAAGGGGUGUGGGGUGUGUUUUAAGUGUGGUCAAAUCUUGGACUCCUCAGCAUGAGUAAGAACUUUUAUUGGGUAAUAAGAUAGGGGCCGGAUGUGCAGGAAGGCCAUGGUGACCAGACACUUAGUGCCAUCUUCUGGACGUCCACUGCACAUGACCGGUUUAUUUGUUUAUGGAUGCAAUGACCAUCAGUAAAUGUUUGAUUUCAAUGUGCCUUUUGCUACUUUCCUAAUAUCAGAAUAGUAAAGGGAUUACAACUUGUUACUAAUCCAACUCGAUUGAGGCUUACUGCUUGAGUUCAAAUGUAUUGGUUUCAUAUUAAUGGUAAAUAACCAGUAACACAAGUACCACUAAUUUUAACUUCAAUUGCAACUUUGUCUCAGAGUUGUAAAUAUUUCCCAGGUUUUCUCAAUCUUGCAACUUUAUAACAAACUACACUCACAAUAUAAGCACUUCUCAUAAUUGUGACUUAAUAUUUUUAUAUUUGUUGCCACAUUUUCCUGUAAUUACAAUUUUGUUGCAUAACUGCAACUUUGCUUCAGAUAAAUACUUUAUAUCACAUGUCAUAGCUUUAUAUAGAUAUGUGCAAUUAUGACUAAAUUCCAUAAUUGCUAAUUGUAACUUGUUCUCAUGUCACAAUUGCAGCUUUACAUCUUUACCAUAAAUGCAACUUAUAGCUCACAACUACCAUAUCUUGAAAUUGUGACCAUUUUUUUUAAGUGUCACAUUACAGUUGCAAUUAUUUGUCAAUGGAAUCAAACUCAUUUUAAACCAUCAUCUUAAAAGAGGUUGUAAGUUUUUGACUCCACUAAGAGAGUUAAAAUACCAUACAUCUGCAGAGAUUUAAGAAACUUGCCAAGUUAGCAUACUUGUAUAUUGAGAAAAAAAAAAAGUACUAAUAAUAAUAAUAAUAAUAAUUCUCCUUUGAAAAUGUGUUCUGAGCUAGACUGUUGCUUUUGGUUUGUGAAACUUGACCACUGCCAGUUAACUUGAUUGUAUUUCGGCAGCCCGGGUUGCCAGUUGGCAGAAAACAUGGCAUACUUAACUUCAUUCUUCCUCAGGUGUGCAAGUUCCUGUUAGUGUUGUCAAUGUGGCAUCUGAAGGGCCAGGUUUUUAAGAACCCCCCCCCACUCCAAUAUUUUGAAUUUGGACCACAAUACCAUGUUCAACCAGUAGGUGUUAAUCCUACAUUAAAACUAACACAAUGGGACUUCUGCGACUCAAUUGUGUCCAAUUAUUAAUAUAACCAUUAUGUCACAACUUAUAUUUUGCCCUACAUAAUGUAAUUGUGACUUUAAAAUCUCACUGUUGUCACUUUAAUUUAUAACUUUUUACUGAGGCAGAAACAGGCAUUGGUAUCGUGUACAUGCGAACAGGAAAUCUGCAUCGAGUGUGGUGAGAGUAUUUUCCCUUAACUCAUCAAGUAACUCAAAGUUCAGCCCUGCUAGGAACUAACAGGAAACCAUAUCAGGACUGACCCAUAACAAGGUUUAUUGCAAUUCAGCACUACAGUUAAUUACACUUACGUGGUCAAGUUACAGACAAAGAGAAGGAAGGGAGAGAUGUACUUUGGUUAUGCAGUACUGUAAUAAUUCUGGUCACGGUCUGUAUCUCACUGGGGUUUCAUCUUCAGCCUUCGCUUUAAAAACCUGCAGGUAUCAUUUAAAAAAAAAAAAAAAAA